UAAAAUAACUUUGACCUACUUUCCCUGAAUACCUUGCCUUUUAAGUACUACUUUCUUCCUUCUCAUCUUUUUCUCUCCCUUUCAAACUCCCCCAUCUCUUCAACUCCUUUGAUCUAGACAAAAUUUUAGCAUGCUUGAAUGUCCAGAGAAAGGGAGAGAUUUGAUGAGAUAGGAAAGAAGAUCAAGAGAGAGAGCGAUGUUUCAAACUCAUCACAAAUGGGAAGAAGACAUAUUUCUUUAGGGACAUUGAACACAAUUACACCUUGUGCUGCAUGUAAACUUUUGAGAAGAAGAUGUGCUGAGGAAUGUCCUUUCUCUCCAUAUUUCUCUCCACAUGAACCUCAGAAAUUCGCCUCUGUUCACAAAGUCUUCGGUGCUAGCAAUGUCUCCAAGAUGUUAAUGGAGGUUCCAGAGAGCCAAAGAGCGGAUGCUGCAAAUAGUCUGGUUUUUGAAGCAAACUUGAGGCUGAGAGAUCCGGUGUAUGGAUGCAUGGGAGCCAUUUCGACUUUGCAACAACAAAUUCAAUCUUUAUCGGCAGAACUUAAUGCAGUGAGGGCAGAGAUACUUAAAUACAAGUAUAGAGAAGCUAGUAAUAAUACCAAUAUUAUUAAUCCUUCUUGUACUAAUUUAAUUACUUCUGAGAUGGUAUCUAUUGUUGCACCACAGCAGCCGCCGCCGCCUCCUCCACCGCCGCCUUCUAUUGUAGUUUCUUCGUCUUCUUCAUCGUCUAUUUCUUCUCUAUACACAGCUCUUACUACUACUUCCACAACAGGCUGUAGCUCACUUACAAGUGAUAACAUUGUUCCAUACUUUGAUUAAUUUAAUCUUAUAGAGCAUGAUCCAUUUUUCUUUAGUUUCA